CACUCUUUUCCUCCGCAGAGUGUUGUCGGCCGAAAGAGUGGCGCCACCAUGUCACAGUCGUCUUCGAGCGGCCUGUCCAGCAGUGGCCGCGACCUGGAUGGAUACAUCGAGUCGCUGCGCUACCCCUUUUGCCAUGACGUCUCCAAGUACGAGCGCAUGGCUAAGAUCGGCCAGGGCACCUUCGGCGAGGUGUUCAAGGCGCGCCUGAAGACGGACCGUUCCAAGAUCGUGGCGCUGAAGAAGGUGCUCAUGGAGAACGAGAAGGAGGGCUUUCCGAUCACCGCGCUGCGCGAGAUCCGCAUCUUGCAGCUGCUUAAGAAUGAGAACGUGGUGGCCCUGCUCGAGAUCUGCCGCGGCCCGGCUAACGCCGCCAACAAGUUCCGCUCCACCUUCUAUCUGGUGUUCGAGUUCUGCGAGCACGAUCUGGCCGGUCUCCUGUCCAAUAUCAACGUCAAGUUCAACCUGGGCGAAAUCAAGAAGGUAAUGCAGCAGCUGCUCAAUGGGCUCUACUACAUCCACCUCAACAACAUCCUGCACCGCGACAUGAAGGCGGCCAACGUGCUCAUCACCAAGAACGGCGUGCUCAAGCUGGCCGACUUUGGGCUGGCGCGCGCUUUCAGCAAGAUCUCGGGCACGCGCAACCGCUACACCAACCGGGUGGUGACGCUGUGGUACCGGCCGCCCGAGCUGUUGCUAGGUGAGCGCAACUAUGGGCCGCCGGUGGACGUCUGGGGCGCCGGCUGCAUCAUGGCCGAGAUGUGGACGCGCUCGCCCAUCAUGCAGGGCAGCUCGGAGCAGCACCAGCUGACGCUGAUCUCGCAGCUGUGCGGCGCCAUCUGCCCCGAGGUCUGGCCCGGCGUGGAGGAGCUCGAGCUCUACACCAAGAUCCAACUGCCCAAGCAGCAGAAGCGGCGGGUGAAGGAACGGCUCAAGCCGUACGUGCGCGACGCCUACGCCUGCGACCUGCUCGACCGCAUGCUGACACUGGACCCGGCCAAGCGGAUCGACUCGGACACGGCGCUGAACCACGACUUCUUCUGGACCGACCCGAUGCCCACCGACCUGGGCCGCAUGCUGGAGCAGCACAAGCAGAGCAUGUUCGAGUUCCUGGCGCCGCCGCGGCGCGGCAUGCCGGCCCGGCCCGUGCAGCAGCAGCCGGCGCAGCGCUCGGCCGUCGACAACAUCUCCAGCUACCAGGACCGCGUGUUCUGACCGUGCGCCCCGUCGUGCCGCGGCCGGCGGGCUGGCGCGCAGGGCUGACGGCGCCUAGUGGAAGUGAGGAGGCCGGCGCCGCGGGUGUCGAGCUCCGAGGUCGGCUGUGAUGCGGCUGCGGAAGCGCAGCGUGCCGGUGUUGUGCGGUUGGUUAUGUCAUUUUGUACGCGCUGAAGCGUAUCGCCAGUGAUCUGUCAGCAGUUGUGCUCUGUUUGUGACAUACGUGUAGCAGUCGGGUUGCACUUCGCGUAAGCGCGCUCGCAUUUAAAUGGGUGAAACACCCCGGCCAAAUCCGGUUCAAUAUAGUGGGGCCAGGCCUCAGAGAGGCACGUUAA